AUGGAAAAUAAAGCUGAUGAACAAAAUCGCAUGCAUGUAAACGAAGCCCUCAAGAAAACUAAAAAACCUGAAUUUUUAGCGGACUGUCGUAUGUCUAAUUGUUUCAAUUUUGAUCGCUGUAAGCCUGGUGAACGUCUGAAAAUACACAUCUAUCCAGAUUCAUCUAAAAUAUCAUCUAGUUCCAUAUCAUCAACUUACCAAAAAAUUAUACAAAUUAUUGAAUCAUCUAUUUAUUAUGAACCUGAUGAAAGCAAAGCCUGCUUAUUUAUUACAGGUUAUGAUUACCUUGAUAGAGAUCCUUUGAGUCGGGACUGUCAGAAAAAUUUGCCCGCUUCACUGCCAUUAGACUAUGAAAAGAAUCGUAUAGUUUUUAACCUUUACUCCGGAACUUGGCCUGAUUAUCGAGAACUUGUUGGAUUCAAUCUGGAAAACUCAAUACUUGCCAAAGCAAGUUUUAGCUAUCAAAAUUACAGACCCGGUUUUGAUUUAUCAAUUCCUCUCUUUUCAAAAAACCAUUCUACUCGCGGUAAAACUUUAAUGGAACCUGAAGAUGGGCCCGAAUAUCAGUUAGUUGAUGAUGUGGUUAUUGAAACGAUAGAUACAACUCGAUUAGAUAGCAGUGAUCGAAAGAAUCUUUUGGUUUUCAGAGGCAAAAGAUACACUCAUGGAAUAGGAAGUGAAACCCGAAACACUCUUCAUCAUUUACAUAAUGUUCGUGAUAUACUCAUCUAUACUACGUGUAAACAUGGUAAAAAAUGGAAAGAUUUGAAAGAUGAAAGAUGUGCAAAAGACAAUUUGGAAUACGAAAAAUUCAACUACAGCAUAUUAAUGGCCAAUUCAGCAUUCUGGCUUGUUCCAAGAGGUAAAAGGCUUGGUUCAUUCAGAUUUUUGGAAGCUUUGGCAAACGGCUGUAUUCCGGUUUUAUUGUCAAACAAUUGGGUUAAACCUUUUGAAGAUGUAAUCGAUUGGUCAGAAAUUGUAGUUGAAGGAGAUGAGCGAAGUCUUUUACAGCUGCCAGAAAUCAUAAGAUCUUAUGAAUGGAAGAAGAUACAGCAAAUGGCAGCAAAAAGUUUGGCUGUUUAUGAAACCUAUUUUUCAAGUGUAGAAAGAAUUGUAUAUACAACAAUAGAUAUACUCAAUGAAAGAAUUCAAACUCAUUUGAGUUUUACAACAUUCUUAUGGAUUCUGGUCAACCCUAGUUUCACUAGCUUCACUGGUGCCAUUUGGUAUGAUGCUGAAUAUAGCUUUGAUCUGAAAGAUUAUCCAGGCUAUGGAAAACUCAGUAAUUCUUACUCAUCUUCACGUUCAUCUCCUUUAUCAUCAUCAUCUGCUUCAUCAGAUUCAUUCGAAUUGUAG